GUUUUUGUUCAGUGAGGUAGGGGGCGGAGAGGAAGCAUAGGCUCACAUGAUGGCACUUACACUGGUAUCCAUCUUAAUUGCUGCCAUCCCUGUGGUCUACUGCUAUCCUGCUGCCUUCCAAGACCUGGAGGAACUCGGCAAAAACAGAACCUCCAUUAAGUUCCUGGCUGUAGGAGACUGGGGUGGAGUGCCUUAUCCGCCGUACAUCACCGCUGUGCAGAAGGCUACAGCUCGCGAAAUGAGCAAAGUAGCAGAGCAGAUGGGAGCUGACUUUAUUCUGGCCCUUGGCGAUAACUUCUACUACAAAGGUGUGGACAGUGUGGAUUCUCCUCGGUUUAAGGACACGUUCGAAUCGGUGUACACUCAAAAGUCUCUCAAAGUCCCCUGGUAUGUGCUUGCUGGCAAUCAUGACCAUGCGGGGAACGUCAAAGCACAGAUCGAGUACAGCCACAGGUCUGACAGAUGGAAAUUCCCAUCUUACUAUUACGAGCUGAACUUCCACAUCCCCAACACAGGGAAGACCUUGACCAUCAUCAUGCUCGACACCAUAAUGCUGUGCGGCAACUCUGACGACUACGUGGAUGAGAAGCCCAGAGGCCCCCUGCGUGCGGUGGAUGCCAACCGUCAACUGACCUGGCUGCAGGAGAGACUGGCCCGGUCCACGGCAGACUUCCUGUUGGUGGCGGGCCACUACCCUGUGUGGUCCGUGUCCGAGCACGGGCCCACGGAGUGCCUUCUGAAGAGGCUUCAUCCUCUGCUCAUUAAAUACAAGGCCACUGCUUACCUCUGCGGCCAUGACCACAAUCUGCAGUACAUUGAAGAGUCUGGUGUGGGCUACGUGGUGAGCGGAGCAGGGAACUUCCUGGAUCCUGAUGUCCGUCACUGGAACCACGUUCCCAAAGGUUCUGUGAAGUUCUUCACCGGCCAAGCAUCAACACUGGGAGGCUUCGUCCAUGCAGAAGUCACAAAGAACAAGAUGACCGUGACCUUCUUCCAGGCUAAAGGCACUUCUCUCUAUCGCACUGUCCUCUCCGAAAGGAACUUGGAGUAGAUUAGCUAACCACAGGAACUGUCAAGUUUUCAAUUACAUGAAGGGUUGGCCUGCAGUGUAGUUUAAGGUCAAAGUAAUGGCUGUUUAAUCCUGUCUUUUUAAAGUUUGGCAUUAAUAUUUCAAAGCAAUGAUGUAUAUUUUUAAAAAAGGGAAUCAACUAGUUUUACAUGUAAAUUUAAAGAAUAAAUGUGGUUUGUUUAAUUAAAAAAAAAAAAUGUGUCUUGUCAGUUCA